AUGUGUGUGUGUGUACCGGCAGAGUGUAUCUGGAGAGAAGGACAUCUGGAAGGAAAGCGAGAUGGCCGCCUCUCUUCCCCUACAUUCUCGUCGCCUGUUCAAGCCGACACUUUGGAUCCAUCCGCAACAACCCCCAUCUCAUCUCAACACCACCCCUCAGAGUCUUCCUUCCAGGAACCUCUGAACUACAGCCCAGCCUUGCGCAGCUCUAGUUCUUCGGAAUCUACCUUUUCCCCGUUCGACUUCCCGUCGUCCACCACGGCUUCUCAACAGUCACCAUGGCUUUCCUCACCAGCUCCCCACGCCUCACGGCUACAACUGAAUACCUCCCACACCGAAUUCGCCCGUCCGCACUCAGACUUCGUGCUCUACGACCAGCCGGCUCAAGCCCCUCGUCAGCCGCAGCCUGCACCGAGCGUUGCUCAGUCUGGUCAUCUGUUUAACACAGGCCACAGCUUCUACGCAAAUUCUAAUUCUGCUCCAUCAUCCACCACAGAAUUUCAAGCGCCUCAGUUACAGCAACACCAACUCCAACAACAACAACGUCCUCCGGUCCCUUUGUUUCCUAGCUCUCGCAACUCCAUCCCUCAAAACAGCAACGUCGCGACCAUGGCAGAUUUGAACAGCAACAACUCCUUCGACUCGGGCGCCCGCCUGUUUGCGGGUGUCCAGUCCGACGCCUCUCCUUGGGAAGCUCCCAACUCGGCAUUCACUGCUAUAAACCCCUCGGUCUCGGGGUCUAUGCGAACAGUGUCGCCCAAGGAUCUCUUCGUCGACCCGCUUCAGUCUGCGCCACCAUCCACGACUUUUACCAACAUCACUUCUCCCGAUAUCGACGCCUCACCUUUCGACUUCACAGACAGCUUCGAGACCUCCCCCAUGUUCAGCACCGAGGGGCUCGUCGCUUCCGACAACUGGUUCUCCUUGUUCCCAGAGGAGGAUGCAAAGCUCAUGUCGCCUCCCACCACCACGUACGCUGCUCCCAUCGCGAAUGUGCUUUCUGCUGCUCCCGAACUUGAGCGCACUGCCAGCAGCACUUCAGCGGACAAAUCCAGCGUCUCCAGCGCCAAUUCGCCUGUCAUUUUGGACAGGUCGACCCGGAGGAAGUCAUCGGUGAACGGAUCGCCUGUUACCAAUGCAUCUGUUAGCAAGUCCCGUCGUCGAAAGGGACCCCUUCCUGCUAUUGCCGUCGAUCCCACCGAUAAGGUGGCUUUGAAGCGGGCACGCAAUACUCUUGCUGCCCGUGACUCCCGGCAGAGGAAGUUUGAUCACGUCAACACUCUUGAGAAGCGCAAUGCAGAACUAGAGGCCGAGGUAGAGAAAUGGAAGAGCAUCGCUAUUGCUCAGGGAUAUUCUGGCGCUUGAAGUAUUCAGCCCACCGGCCUUGUUUGGUUCGGCGGUUCUCAGGGGAGCGGGUGAGGAAUGCCUCACCGCUCGAAAAGUUUCUUUUUGACCUGUUUUCCUGUUAUUCUUUCUUGUUUGAUUGUUUUUACCACUUUGCGCUUCCCAGCUUCGGGGGCGUCUAGCGUGGGUUUUCCUUUGCGGUCCAUGUGCUUUUGUUUCCGCUGUGUUAUUCCCUUCUCCGGCCGGAGCGUAAGUCUCCCUUAGGGUAUCGAUUGACUCCUCCUGGUUACGGCUGAUCUUGAUAGCGGAAUGCGUUUCCUGUCCUUUCCUGUGGGCUUUUUGCGGCUCUUUUUUAAUAUACUGUUUGGCGGUCGAUUUCUGGGUUCUGUUCCAUCUGAAGAGAACUCGGAGGGCUGCGUCUCCUUUAAUACAUCUUGAUCUUACUAUCGGAUUUGCGCAUGACUCUUUGCUGCCUAUUGUGUGACUGUGAUGACUACGUGUGACUCUGACCUGUGAAACGUGUACAUACAAAUGGCUCAUAAUUCUUCAUUCCCAGUGCACUGGCUCAUCUUUGUACAUUGUGAUUGUUCAGCCGUGUGCGAGCUCUGGGAGUCAUAUCUUCAUCCGCGACUCAUCAUGUGUCCAUUUGUAAUCCUGCCAAUGCUGUAUCGCCACGACUCAUUUUUUUUUUUCAUCUUCGUUCCAUCUCAACACGGUCUAUGAUGUGUGAUAGUUGGCAGACUCAUCCCCAUUCAAUUUGUUGUUGUGGUUGUUGCUCUGAUUAUGCAAAUGUUGCAGAUCCAGUUUUGUUGACCUUCACCAAUGGCGAGCAAGCCUGUCUGCUUAGCCUAAGCAUUCC